GAGAAGCGGACCGCAGAUCGCUGGCUGGUGCGUUCCGCAGAGGCUGUACUGUCAGUAUGCAACGGUUGUUCCUCCCGCCCCUCAAGGCCUUGAUGGGGAGCCGCAAUGUCGGGCUCCUGGUCCCUAAGGCGGCAUCUAGAGCACAGUGUGGCGGCGGCAGCUAUGGCGGCAGGCGUCCUCUGAGGCCAGGGCAGUACGGCACCAUCACUGAAGUGGCUUUGCAAUCUGGAAAAGGCACAGUGUCCCUUCCUUCGAGGGCAGCCGAGCGGGCAGUGGGCCGAUGGCUCCUGGUGUGCAGUGGAACAGUGGCUGGAGCAGUUAUUCUUGGAGGAGUGACCAGGCUGACGGAGUCUGGCCUCUCAAUGGUAGACUGGCAUUUAAUAAAGGAGAUGAAGCCACCCACAAGCCAGGAAGAAUGGGAAGCGGAGUUCCAAAAGUACCAGCAAUUUCCGGAAUUUAAAAUCCUGAAUCAUGACAUGACACUGGCGGAAUUCAAGUUUAUCUGGUACAUGGAAUACUCACACCGGAUGUGGGGUCGAGCUGUAGGCCUUGCAUACAUCCUGCCUGCUGCCUACUUUUGGAGAAAGGGUUGGCUCAACCGUGGCAUGAAAGGACGUGUUCUUGCCCUCUGUGGCUUAGUCUGUUUCCAGGGUCUGUUGGGUUGGUAUAUGGUGAAAAGUGGAUUAGAAGAAAAACCAGAGUCCUAUGACAUCCCUCGGGUCAGUCAGUACCGCCUCGCAGCCCACCUGGGGUCAGCACUGAUUCUCUACUGUGGCAGCCUGUGGACCUCCCUGUCACUGCUACUGCCUCAGCACAAGAUACCGGAAACCCGACAGCUCCUGUGGCUGAGACGCUUUGCUGGUGGAACAGCAGGCCUGGUGUUCCUCACAGCUCUCUCAGGGGCUUUUGUGGCAGGGCUGGAUGCUGGGCUCGUUUACAACUCCUUCCCCAAAAUGGGAGAAUCUUGGAUCCCAGAGGACCUCCUGACCUUCUCUCCCAUCCUGAAGAAUGUUUUUGAGAAUCCUACUAUGGUUCAGUUUGAUCACCGGCUUCUGGGAGUCACGUCUGUCACUGCCAUUACAAUGCUCUAUUUCCUGUCCCGGAGAAUCCCCCUUCCUCGAAGAACCAAGAUGGCAGCGGUGACUCUGCUAGCUUUGGCAUAUGCACAGGUGGCCUUGGGCAUCAGCACUCUGCUUAUGUAUGUGCCAACUCCGCUGGCUGCCACACACCAGUCAGGCUCCUUGGCUCUGCUCAGUGGUGCCCUUUGGCUCAUGAAUGAACUCCGAAGAGUUCCAAAAUAAUUCUCCAAGGAUCGUUUCCUAGGACUGGAACUGCCCUGGGAAUUCAUCACCAAGAACAAGACCUUUUCGGGUCUUUUCAGGACGGUGGUAUUGACAGGCCACGGUUUCCAAAUUGGUCAGGUCAUUCAGAACUUUUAAGGUGGGCACUGAAUCAAGAAUGUCACUAAGGUGUUCUUAUACCAGAGGUUUCCUUUAAAACAACUGUUGCAUAAACAAGCAUCUGUCAUUUGCUGCUUAAUAUGCAGUCUGAUGUCUUAGAGCUCGGUUUCUAUGUGCUGCAGACUCCUGUCCACUUGUCAAGCUGGUGGUGACAGUGACAGACUCAAGAACACAAGCCCCAAUGGAGUUACUCAACCAAUGGAAUGGUGACUGAAUGUUGGUUUGUUACCAAGGUGUAGGGUUGUCAUUGUUUCUGGUUUUUAUAAGCAGCUAACUAGCUAACUAGCUAACUAGCUAGGUUUUUGAAGUGAACAUUCUCUUAUGUAUAUGUGUGUUUGUAUUAAUAUAUGCCAUGUGUAUGAAGGAGCCCAUGGAGGCCAAGGAAGGUACUGGGUCCCUAGAGCUGGAGUUAUAGGUGACUUUGACAUGCCUGAUGUGGGUGCUAGUAACCAAGCACAGUCCUCUGGAAGAGCAGCAGGCACUUCUAACUGAGCCAUCUCUCCAGCCCUGGAGUAAAUAUCAUGAAAAUUACAUGUUGACAAUUUCAAUUUUUUUUUUUUUUUUUUUUUUUUUGGUUCUUUUUUUCGGAGCUGGGGACCGAACCCAGGGCCUUGUGCUUCCUAGGCAAGCGCUCAACCACUGAGCUAAAUCCCCAACCCGACAAUUUCAAUUUUUAAAAAACAUGUCUGACCUGAGGUUGCACAUUUGCAGUUUUUGAACAAGAUAAUCAGGUUUUUAUGGUUUUUGGGUUUUUUGUUUUUGUUUUUAACUCUAAUAAUUAUUCUGAGUCUCAGUGUAUCCUAAAGAGUACUGAUCUUAGCUAGUUUUAGCAAAAACAAUGACAUAGGCAUUUUACUCUCCGAGUCCCAGGCCCUGUUGGGCUGUGUUAUUGCACAAAAGAGGCUCCCUUCACCUCAGAACUCAGGACUCCUCCUAGACCCCACGAAAUCACCAGGCCUCAUCUAACCUGUUAGCCCUGUCUGUUGGCCGGCAGGGUAGACGCUCUUCUAGACAGAACCCCUUCGAGGAGAGGACCAGGGCAGCUUGCAGACCACCUGCUUCCCAUCUCUAAAUCCAGUCUUCGGUGAGAAGCAGACAGCAGAGGGAAGGAGGGACCAACCAAAGAUCACAUGACGGUUUUAUGGCCACCCCAAGCACGUGGCAACCCGAGUUGGCUCAAGUCUCAGAUGUUUUGCUGCAUUUAUUUUUGACUACAGUUAAGCAUGUUCAGAACAGAUCCAGUAUUUAGCUGUUUAACUGGAUUAUGGUUUCUGUAUGGUCCUGGUGAAGAGAGAUCAUCGUAACUAUUUUUGUUAUCUGUAUAAUUCACUGACACCAUUUAUAUACCAAAUACUGAAUGAAGAAAGCAUGAAUUGGUGGAAAUAUAUGAUUAUUGAUUUAUGCCCCAAAUGUCUAUUUCAGAAAAAGCCAUUGCACACUUAAAGGAUUAAAUAAUUUCCUUUAAUGUUUUCAACAGUCUGUCAACAGUUCUGUCAAUUGUUUUUAAAUUAUAAAGGUAAUUAAAAUAUGUAUUUUCAGUCAGCUAA